AUGUAUGUAUGCCACCAUUUGAAGCGCAAUGACAAUUGGAUAAGCACCCUGGUGAGUCGCAUGGUAGCUGCAGUACCAGAAAACCUGACAGCGAAACCGCCCGCCGAAGAGAUCGACGGGGGCACUGGCCAUUCAUCGACCUCAGUCCCGGCGUCGGCAACUCGUGACUUGGAGACCGCGACAGCACGAAAGAGGCAGGAUUGGCAAAUCCGAAGUCUUGGCCGCAACGGGUACUAG